AUGGAAGGUGGGGAAAUAUUCAGAGUGAAUAGCUCCAACAUAUGGAGAAACACCGGCAUGGAAGCUUUCUCGAGGUCCUCCCGCGAAGAAGAAGACGACGAGGAAGCUCUGAGGUGGGCCGCGCUCGAGAGGCUCCCGACCAAGAUUCGUAUCAAGAGGGGCAUACUCACCGAGGAACAAGGCAAGUCACGAGAAGUAGACGUAAAGAACCUCGGACUCGUCGACAAGAAAAACCUCGUCGACCGGCUCUUGACCAUUGCCGAGGAAGGCAACCAGAGGUUUCUGCUCAAUCUCAAAGACCGCAUUCAGAGGGUCGGCCUUGAUCUCCCGACUAUCGAAGUUCGAUUCGAGCAUUUGAAUGUGGAUGCCGACGCGUAUGCUGAGGGAAGAGCCUUGCCCACUGUGUUUAAUUUUAUUGUUAAUAUCUUGGAGGGUUUCUUGUCAUGUCUUCAUGUUAUCCCGAGCAGAAAGAAGCCAUUGCCAAUCCUCCAUGAUUUAAAUGGAAUAAUCAAGCCUGGAAGAAUGACACUCCUGUUAGGGCCGCCGAGUUCGGGGAAAACCACAUUGCUGCUGGCGUUAGCCGGAAAACUUGAUCCGGAGCUAAAAGUGUCGGGAAGAGUGACGUACAACGGGCACGAGAUGACGGAAUUUGUGCCGCAAAGGACGUCGGCUUACAUAAGCCAGAAUGAUCUGCACAUAGGAGAAUUGACAGUUCGAGAGACACUCGCCUUUUCGGCUAGAUGCCAAGGUGUAGGAUCUCGUUAUGAAAUACUAGCUGAGUUGUCUAGGAGGGAAAAGGAGGCGAACAUUAAGCCCGACCCUGAUCUCGACGUUUUCAUGAAGGCAGCAUCUAUUGGAGGGCAAGAAGCGAGUGUCGUGACCGAUUACAUAAUCAAGAUAUUGGGGCUCGAAGUUUGUGCCGAUACUUUAGUCGGGGACGAAAUGGUCCGGGGGAUUUCCGGAGGACAACGAAAGAGGCUAACAACAGGGGAGAUGAUGGUGGGGCCUGCACGAGCGCUCUUCAUGGACGAGAUAUCGACUGGCUUGGACAGCUCGACCACCUUCCAAAUCGUGAACUCGUUAAAACAUUCGAUCCACAUUCUACAAGGGACUGCCUUAAUCUCCCUCCUACAGCCAGCACCUGAGACUUACGAAUUGUUUGAUGACAUAAUCCUCCUUUCAGAUGGCCUAAUCGUGUACCAAGGCCCGCGCGAGAAUGUGCUCGAAUUUUUCGAGUUCAUGGGCUUCAAAUGUCCCGAGAGAAAAGGAGUGGCCGACUUUUUGCAAGAAGUGACGUCAAAGAAGGAUCAAGAGCAGUACUGGAUAAACAGAGAUGAGCCCUACAGUUAUGUAACCGUGCAGGAAUUUUCCGAAGCAUUUCAGUCUUUCCACAUAGGACGGAGGCUCGGAGACGAGCUUGCUGUCCCUUUCAGUAAGGAGAAAAGCCAUCCAGCUGCUCUAACCACGAACAAAUAUGGCGUGAGCAAAAAAGAGCUUGUAAAAGCAUGCGUGGCCAGAGAGUUUUUGCUUAUGAAGAGGAAUUCGUUCGUCUAUAUAUUCAAGAUGAUACAACUCACACUUAUGGCCACCAUAUCGAUGACGGUAUUUUUGCGAACUGAGAUGCACAAGAGAACGGUGAUGGAUGGUGGAAUUUACAUGGGUGCCCUCUUUUAUGCCCUCAUAAUGCUUAUGUUCAACGGCUUCUCAGAGCUCGCCUUAAGCAUACUAAAGCUUCCAGUCUUUUACAAGCAGAGGGACCUUCUAUUUUUCCCUCCUUGGGUAUAUUCUCUGCCAGCAUGGAUACUCAAAAUCCCGAUCACGCUAUUCGAGGUUGCUAUUUGGGUGGGAAUGACGUAUUAUGUCACCGGAUACGAUUCAGAUGUAUCAAGAUUUUUCAAGCAAUGGCUUCUGCUUAUAUGCAUCAAUCAAAUGGCGUCUGGGCUUUUCCGCCUCAUGGGGGCACUGGGAAGGAACAUGAUUGUUGCCAACACGUUUGGGGCGUGCGCAUUGCUUUCGGUUCUCGUUUUGGGUGGAUUUAUACUGUCGAGAGAGAAUGUUAGGAAAUGGUGGAUAUGGGGCUACUGGAUUUCGCCUCUGAUGUACGGGCAGAACGCGAUAGCCGUGAAUGAGUUUCUAGGAAAGAGUUGGAAUUAUGUUCCAGCUGGCGCGACUGAACCGUUAGGGGUGACAAUCUUGAAGUCUCGAGGAAUUUUUCCGGAGGCUCGUUGGUAUUGGAUCGGUGUGGCAGCACUCAUUGGAUACGUACUUCUGUUAAAUUUUCUAGUGACUAUGGCUCUAACUUAUCUCAAUCCAUUUGGAAAACCGCAAGCUAUACUAUCGGAAGAGACGUUAUCAGAGAGGAGUGGUAGCAAGAGAGUCGAGUUGGGUGAGCUGUCGUCUGUAGAAACGAGAACUUCCGGAAGAGAUGAAAAUGCUCAAGUUAGUGCAUCGUCUAGUAUGCGAAACACGAGCAGUGCAGAUCCAAAUAGGAAAAGGGGAAUGAUUUUACCUUUCCAGCCACUUUCCAUCACUUUUGACGACGUCCGUUAUGCGGUCGAUAUGCCACAGGAAAUGAGAGCUCAUGGCAUUGAAGAAAACCGGCUGGAGCUCCUAAAAGGAGUGAGCGGGGCUUUCAGGCCCGGAGUGUUGACUGCCCUAAUGGGCGUUAGUGGAGCCGGAAAGACCACCUUAAUGGACGUGCUGGCCGGCCGGAAAACCGGCGGGUACAUUCAGGGGAGUAUCAUGAUAUCAGGCUACCCUAAGAAGCAAGAGACUUUCGCGCGUAUUGCAGGAUACUGUGAGCAAACGGACAUCCACUCGCCUCACGUCACCGUAUACGAGUCCUUGCAGUUUUCGGCUUGGCUCCGCUUGCCUCCUCAAGUGGACCCCGCUACACGAGAGAUGUUCAUAGAAGAGGUGAUGGAACUAGUAGAGCUUACACCAUUGAGAGAGGCGCUCGUGGGCCUGCCAGGCGUGAACGGGCUCUCGACUGAGCAACGAAAGAGGUUGACCAUUGCAGUCGAGCUUGUUGCUAAUCCUUCCAUCAUAUUCAUGGACGAGCCCACGUCAGGGCUCGAUGCCCGAGCGGCGGCUAUUGUUAUGAGGACCGUUAGAAACACUGUGGACACUGGCCGAACUGUGGUCUGCACCAUCCACCAACCGAGCAUCGACAUUUUUGAUGCUUUUGAUGAGCUACUACUGCUCAAACGAGGAGGCGAAGAAAUAUAUGUUGGUCCCUUAGGCCGCCUUUCUUCUCACCUCAUCAAAUAUUUCGAGGCGAAUGGGAUCAGCAAAAUCAAAGACGGUUAUAAUCCGGCAACAUGGAUGCUGGAAGUAACUUCAAUGGCACAAGAAUCGGCUCUCGGCAUUAACUUUUCCGAAAUAUACAAAAACUCCGAGCUUUACCAGAGAAACAAAGCACUGAUCAAGGAGCUGAGUGUACCCGCACCAGGCUCGCAGGAUCUGCACUUCCCAGAACAGUACUCUCAGUCUUUCUGGACACAGUGUGUGGCCUGCCUUUGGAAGCAGUGUUGGUCAUACUGGAGGAACCCACCUUACACGGCUGUUCGGCUGCUAUUCACCACCUUCAUAGCUGUCAUGUUCGGGACCAUUUUCUGGGAUCUCGGCUCCAAAAGGAGAAGGCAGCAAGAUAUAUUCAAUGCAAUGGGUUCAAUGUACGCAGCUGUUUUAUUUCUCGGUGUACAAAAUGCCACUUCAGUACAACCUGUUGUCGCUAUAGAAAGAACCGUUUUCUAUAGAGAACGAGCAGCUGGAAUGUAUUCGGCUUUGCCAUAUGCAUUCGGGCAGGCUGUGGUUGAGCUACCGAACCUUCUCAUACAGGCGCUCAUAUACGGCGUAAUUGUAUACGCCAUGAUCGGGUUCGAGUGGACAGUGGCAAAGUUCUUUUGGUACCUCUUUUUCAUGUUCUUUACGCUUUUGUACUUCACGCUGUAUGGAAUGAUGACAGUGGCCGUCACGCCUAAUCACAAUAUAGCCGCCAUUAUUUCGUCUGCUUUCUACGCGUUGUGGAACCUCUUUUCCGGAUUCAUCAUCCCAAAAACGAGGAUUCCGGUGUGGUGGAGAUGGUACUAUUAUAUUUGUCCGAUUGCUUGGACGCUUUACGGAUUGGUGGCAUCACAAUUUGGAGACGUUGAAUCCAAGCUCGACACUGGUGAAACAGUUAGAGAAUUCGUGUUGAAUUAUUUCGACUUUAAGCAUGAUUUUGUGGGUUACGUUGCGAUAAUUAUAGUUGGAAUAGCUGUGCUCUUUGCCUUCAUCUUCGCCUUCUCUAUCCGAGCAUUUAACUUUCAAAAACGAUAG